AUUUUUCUCCCAUUGAAAUUCAGUGAUAAACGUAGACUUCAUUGAUAUUUUUGUAUCAAUUGCAUAGGAUUAUGAACAAAAGGUAUGAACUUCCAAAUAAGGCAUGCAACUUCCGAAAAGGCAGCGCAUGCGCGCGCAAAGUUUGUAAAUAAAAACUUUGAACGCAUGCCCACGCAAACGGGCACCCACACACCCCCUGCGAGCUAAUCUACCCACGUGAGGGGAAUCAGUUGUUAAAAAGGGACGCACUCGUGGGAUUAGAAAGUACGGAGAUCGUGACUUACGACUUUUAUCAAUUUUUGUCUAAGAUAAUGACGGAAUGAAUAUUUUUGAGACGUCUGAUGUUUUAUUGGCCGCGGUGCGUUUUGCAGCGGUGGAUUAGAACCUGGAGAAGUGAGAAGUGUCAUGGCGGACCUUACGGGCUGAUUCCCGAGCUCAAACCGUGAAAUUUUACCACAAAAACCGAAAAUGGCAGCCCAGAAGCCUGUGGAAUGGGUGCAGGCCGUGAUAUCACGAUUCGAUGAACAGUUGCCUGUCAAGAACCCAGUACACAACACUCACUCCCGGCUACACAUUGAGAUGAACAAAGAGUGUCUGGUCAACGUGAGCAGAUACAAGUUUUCCAUUGUCAUCAAUGGGCUGACCAACAUCCUCAAGAGCCUCUCUACUAUGAAAAUCAGUGGUCCAGAUGCGGAGAAGAACCUACAUCAGUCCCAGCUCAUCAUACUGGACACACUGGAGAACUGCUUAGAGGGGCAACCAAAAGACACCUCCCGAUUGGAUGAAACCAUGCUGGUCAAGCAGCUGCUACCAGAGAUCUGUCAGUUCAUAAAUCUACAGAAAGAAGGUCCUCUGGUAUCCGAGCUGAAGGCAUCCGCAUCACGAGUUCUCUUUUCACUUAGCUGUAACAACUUCAACGCAGUCUUCAACAGGAUUUCUGCAAGGCUCCACAACUUGUCUGUGUGUAGUGAAGACACACCAGACAUCAGCGAUUUGGAGCUGAUACAGCACAUCAACGUUGACCUGUCCCGUCUCACCAGAUUGUUGCAAGAAGCUGUGCAGAAGUUUAAGCAGCUGAAGAAGUCAGUACACAUAGCGCUAGCCACAAAUCUAGAGAGAGCCAUAUGGAAUCUCCUGGAAAAUUAUCCCGAGGAAUUCCAAGAACUUCAUCAGAAACCAAGUCCAGACCUAGAAGAGUGUGCAGAGAAGUUGUUUGAUCUGUUGGACACCUUUGCUGGGGAGGGCUCGAGGAGGAAGGUGGCAGCCGUGUGGCCACUACAGAUCAUGCUGCUGGUGCUAUGUCCUGCAUUGUUGCAACAGAUAGCUAGUAACGACCCCAACGUAGUGUCCAACCCGAGAUACCAGAAGAAACGUCUGUUCAUUGAUCACGUGAAGAAGGCCCUGAGUGGGCAGGGAGUGCCAAAACACCUGACAGAGAGCGCAGCUGUCGCCUGCGUCAAGCUCUGCAAGGCGUCCACCUACAUCAGCAGACAGGACAACUCCGUCUUGUGUUUUAUAGUCCAGUCACUCUUGGGAGACCUCAAGAAUCUGCUGUUUAACGCUCACAAGCAGUUCUCGCGAGGUCCCGGGUACCAGAUGGCAGAUAUCGAACUGAUGAUUGACUGUUUCGUGUCCUGUUUCCGCAUCAACCCCCACAACAACUCCCAUCUCAAGGCCUGUCUACAGCCCAACGCCCCACCAGCCUUCCACUUUGUCCUGGUCAGAUCUCUACACAUGAUUAUAACACAGAGAGCGAUGCCGUGGUGGCCCAAGAUCGACACUCUCUACAGCUUCUCGGGAGAACUGCGGACCAUGCUCACAGACACCCUGAGAAAAGUGACGGAGGGAUGCAGCACAAACACACCUCUCAGACUCAGCCAGAGCAUGACAUUACGGGAGAAAGUGACCAGUCUGAAGUUCAAGGAGAAGCCUGCAGAUGAAACAUUGAGCUACAAGACCCUCCUGCUGUGGAUAGUCAAACUCAUCUACCCAGACCCCAUGCUGAUGUUACAUAACCCUGGUAAGAUGGGCCAUGAGAUCCAGAGCAGCACCUUGGAGCUGAUCAAUGGUCUGGUGUACCUGGUCCCACAGGAACACAUGCCUGAACUCUCACAGGAAGCCAUGGAGGCCCUCCUGUGCCUCCACCAACCAGAAAACAUCGAACUGUGGAACCCCGAGGCGCCCAUCGCCACUUUCUGGGACAUCAGUUGCCAAGUUUUGUUCUCAGUGUCGCAGAAGCUGAUAGUGCAGCAGCUUCCCAACAGUACAGACAUCCUGAAGUGGCUGCGAGAGAUCCUCUCCUGCCGUAUCAAGUUCUUGGUCAAGUACAAGGACCAUGCGACCGUGGGCAGCCACAUCCCCAUCUGUCGCCAGGCCCACAAGAAACUGGAGGUGGUGUUCUUCAUGUACCUGUGGAGCAGCGACAUGGAGGCUGUGUUAGUCGCCAUGUCGUGUUUCCGCUAUCUCUGCGAGGAGGCAGACAUCCGCUCUCGUGUGGACGACCUGUCGGUGGAGCAGGUGUUACCCAACUACACAGUGUACUCCGACUUCGCUUCAGCGUGCAAUAACAAUAUUGUGUCUAUGGGUCGUGCAGCACUUCAAAAGCACAUUAUGUCCCUUCUCAGAAGAAUAGAACAUUCCACACGGGGAAACAUGGAGGCUUGGGAAGAGACUAGAAACAAGUGGGAAAACAACACCAAGGUCCUCAUCAACUACCCCAAGGCCAAGGGUGACGAUGCCCAGACGCCGGACAGCCUCCACAGAACGGUUGUACGCCGGCGAGCUUCCCAGUCCCCCUCUCUGCAUGAGCAUGAUCUGGAUGAUCAGUUAAACGAGUGGAUUAACAUGACAGGGUUUCUCUGUGCGCUGGGCGGGGUCUGUUUGAUGGACAAGACAAAUACAAGGAGAAGUAUUGCCAUUCCGUCGGACCCCAGUAGAAAAGGCAGUGUGUACUCCCUGUACAACGGGUCCCCUCAGUCAGAGGAGGAAAUCUACCCUCCUGUCAGCAGGUUCCUGGCCAAACUCCUCAACCUCCUGGUGUGCAAUAGUGAGAGAGCAGGGCUACAGAUCCGAACAGCUGUGAAGGACCUUCUCGGCCUUGAACUCCACCCCGCCCUUUAUCCCGUCCUCUUCAACCAGAUCAAGUCCAACGUCAACAAGUUCUUCGACUCGACAGGGCAGGUACGCGUAACUGUGACAGAGACUAACACACUUUUUGUGGAGCAAGUCAUUUCCAUCAUGAAGAACAUCCUAGAGAACAAGAGUGACCAGGCAUACGAACACCUCGGCAGUGCCAGUAUCGAGAACCUCAUGUUAGGACUGGUCAGAUAUGUACGAAACUUGGAUCACAGCGUUCAAGGCAUCCACAUCAAGACCAACAUGUGCUGCCUGGUGGAAGUGAUGAUGAGCAGAAGAGACGACCUGUCCUUCCACCACGAGAUGAAGUUCCGCAACAAACUUGUGGAGUACCUGACAGACUGGAUCAUGGGAACUUCCAUCCAGCCUGAACAGGAGGACCUCAAGGUCAUGACAAGGGACUUGGACCAGGCUAGUAUUGAGGCAGUCGUCGCCCUGCUGACUGGGUUACCUCUCCAGCCUGAGGAGGGGGACGGGGAGAUCUCAUUGGAGGCCAAGUCACAACUCUUCCUCAAGUAUUUUACCCUGUUCAUGAACCUCCUGAACGACUGCGGUGAACAGGAACAAGACAACGACAGCAGCACCAAUGGAGCGCGGAAGCGUGGCAUGUCCCGCCGCAUGGCCAACCUGCGCAACUGCACGGUGUCCGCCAUGUCUAACCUGCUCAACGCUAACAUAGAGAGUGGGCUCAUGCAUUCCUUAGGUUUGGGUAGUCACCAAGACAUACAAACCAGGACCACAUUCAUGGAGGUGCUGACUAAGAUCCUACAUCAGGGGGCAGAGUUUGACACACUGGCUGAGACAGUUCUGGCUGAUAGAUUUGAGCGUUUAGUAGAAUUGGUGACUAUGAUGGGAGACAAGGGAGAGUUACCUAUUGCCAUGGCACUGGCUAAUGUCUGCUCUUCUGUACAUAUGGAUGAGCUGGCUAGAGUACUGGUGACACUGUUUGAUGCCAAACACCUUUUUAUACCACUUCUGUGGAAUAUGUUUUCUAAAGAGGUAGAGUUAGCUGACUGUAUGCAGACCAUAUUCAGGGGGAACAGUCUUGCCAGCAAAAUCAUGACCUUCUGUUUCAAGAUCUACGGAGGCAGCUAUCUGCACAACGUGCUGGAACCCCUGCUGAGGGGCAUGUUACACCCCGAACUCAGCAAUGUGCUGUACGAGAUAGACCCUGCAAGGAGUGAGCCAGGGAGUAGCGUGGACGAGAACCGGAAAAACCUGAUGGUCCUGACGCAGAAGUUCUUCAACCGGAUCGUGAACUCUGCCGACCAGUUCCCCCAGCAGCUGAGGAGCAUGUGCCACUGCCUGUAUCAGGUGGUCAGCCAACGCUUCCCGCAAAACAGCAUCGGCGCAGUGGGCAGUGCCGUCUUCCUGAGGUUUAUCAACCCUGCUAUUGUGUCCCCGUGUGAAAAUGGCCUGAUUGACAGAGAACCCAGUCCAAACAUCAAGAGAGGUCUCAUGCUCAUGUGUAAGGUGAUGCAGGGAGUGGCCAAUCACGUCCUCUUUACCAAGGAGGAGCAUAUGAGACCGUUCAACGAUUUCCUCAGGGCCAACUUUGAUGCUGGGAAAAGAUUUUUUAUGGAGAUAGCCUCAGACUCGCAGACGCUGGACAACAGCAGCCACACUGUGUCCUUCAUCAGUGAUGCCAACGUCCUAGCCCUGCACAGACUACUGUGGAACAACCAGGAGAAGAUCGGGGCCUAUCUGGCCAGUAGCAGAGACCAGAAGGCUGUGGGAAGAAGACCAUUUGACAAGAUGGCCACCCUCCUGGCAUAUCUAGGGCCUCCUGAACACAACAGGCCAGCAAUGGAUGCACAGUGGACCAGUAUGAACCUGACGAGUACUAAGUUUGAGGAGUUCAUGACGCGACACAACGUCCACGAGAAAGAGGAGUUCAAACAGAUCAAGUCACUAAACAUUUUCUACCAGGCAGGGAACUCCAAGGCAGGGAACCCUGUGUUCUAUUAUAUAGCCAGGAGGUACAAGUCAGGGCAGAUGAAUGGAGACCUCCUGCUGUACCACAUUCUCCUGUCUCUGAAGCCCUUCUGUGGGAAGACUUACGAAGUGGUCCUGGACCUGACACACUGUGGGCCUGACAACAGAUUCAAGACUGACUUCCUGUCCAAGUGCUUCUAUGUGUUUCCUGAGGUGGCCUAUCACAACAUCCUGGCCGUGUACCUGUACAACUGUAACACCUGGGUACGGGAGUACACCAAGUACCAUGAGAGGAUACUAGCCAACCUCAAGGGUAACAGGAAGUUGAUCUUCAUUGACUCAGCGAACAAGUUCAGUGACUACAUCCACCCUGACCAGCAGCACCUGCCUGGUGCUACCACCGCACUGGACGAGGACCUCAAGGUCUUCAACAACGCCCUCAAACUCUCCCACAAGGACACCAAGGUCGCAAUAAAGGUGGGCCCCAGUGCUCUACAAGUCACUUCAGCAGAGAAGAGUCGAGUCCUGGGACACUCUGUACUGCUGAACGACAUCUACUAUGCAUCUGAGAUAGAAGAGAUCUGUUUGGUGGAUGACAACCAGUUCACCCUGACCAUAGCCAACCUGGGGACACCUCUCACCUUCAUCCAUAAUGACUGUGAAGCCAUUGUACAGGCCAUCAUCCACAUCAGGACACGAUGGGAGCUCUCCCAACCGGACACAGUCCCUGUCCACACAAAGAUCAGACCAAAGGAUGUUCCAGGGACUCUUCUUAAUAUGGCACUUCUAAACCUGGGGAGCUCUGACCCUGGCCUGAGGUCUGCAGCUUACAACUUGCUCUGUGCUCUGACUCAGGCAUUCAACCUCAAGAUCGAGGGACAGCUAUUGGAGAGUUCAGGCCUGUGCAUUCCAGCCAACAACACAAUCUUCAUUGUGUCCAUCAGCAAGAAACUAGCUGCCAACGAACCACAUCUCACACUGGAGUUUCUUGAAGAGUGCAUCUCAGGGUUCAGCAAGUCCAGCAUUGAGUUGAAACAUCUGUGUCUAGAGUACAUGACACCCUGGCUACCCAAUCUUACCAGAUUCUGCAAACACCAGGAUGAUACCAAACGGGCUAAGGUGUCAGUCAUCCUGGACAAGCUGAUCACCAUGACGAUCAACGAGAAGCAGAUGUACCCGUCCAUCCAGGCCAAGAUCUGGGGCAACCUGGGGCAGGUGGGAGACCUGCUGGACGUGGUGCUGGACAGCUUCAUCAAGACCAGUGCUACAGGGGGUCUGGGUUCCCUGAAGGCGGAGGUCAUGGCUGACACAGCGGUAGCCCUGGCUUCUGCCAAUGUCAAACUGGUCUCAGCCAAGGUCAUCAGCAGAUUGUGCAAGAUUCUGGACAAGACCUGCUUGUCUCCCACCCCCACCCUUGAGCAGCAUCUGAUGUGGGACGACAUCGCCAUCCUAGCCAGAUACAUGCUCAUGUUGUCAUUCAACAACUCUUUGGAUGUUGCGAAUCACCUUCCCUACCUGUUCCACAUUGUAACACUGCUGGUGUACACGGGACCUCUCUCACUACGGGCAUCCACCCACGGGCUUGUGGUCAAUAUCAUUCACUCCCUGUGCACCUGUACACAGCUCAACUUCAGCGCAGAGGAAACUAAGCAGGUGCUUCGGCUGAGCCUGACAGAGUUCUGCCUGCCCAAGUUCUACGUCCUGUUCGGCCUGAGUAAGGUGAAGUCUGCAGCUACAGCUGCCUUCAGAUCGAGUUACAAAGACAGGUCGUUCACCUCCCAGCAUGAGAAGGGGGAGCAGAUCUCCCUGUGCUCGCUAGAGGUCAUCACUGACGCUCUGCUAGAGGUCAUGGAGGCAUGCAUGCUGGACAUCCCAGAAUGCAACUGGCUGGAGAAAUGGCAGGAACUGUCCAGGAGGUUUGCCUUCCAGUACAACCCUGCCCUACAGCCACGUGCGAUGGUCGUCCUCGGCUGUAUCAGCAAAACCACCACUGACGGCCAGGUCAAGCAGCUCAUCCACAUUCUAGCAAAGGCAUUGGAGUCCUACACAGACCUGGUGUUAGUUGAAGCCAUUGUCAUGUGCCUCACCAGACUACAGCCCUUACUUCCAAAGGAAUCGGUGUUCCAUAAGCUCCUGUUCUGGGUGGCCAUCGCCGUGCUCCAGCUGGAUGAGAUCCCCCUGUACUCAGCAGGGCUGGGGCUGCUGGAACAGAACCUCCACACCUUAGACAGCCAGGGACACUUCGACAAAAGGAGCCCAGAACAGGUCCUGAUGGAGACCAGAGAGCCCAUGGAGUGGCACUUCAAGCAGAUGGACCACUCGGUCGGACUCAGCUUCAAGUCCAACUUCAACUUCGCGGUGGUCGGCCACCUCCUGAAGGGCUUCCGCCAUCCCAACCCUGCCACGUUCUCCCGCACCAUCCGACUUCUCAUGCUGAUGUUACAGCUCAUCAGCAAGUACAAAAACUGCGACAAGUUUGAAGUCAGCAAGGAGAGCGUUCCGUACCUUGCCGCCCUGAUCUCAGUGUCUGACGAAGUGCGAAGCCGCUGCGUCCUAAAACACCGGAGUAGCCAGCUCCUUGCCGAGGCAACCUCCCAAGAGCCCAUCGUCAUGGAAACAAGCCCCACCCAUUCCGCGUCUGGACAGAAGGACUCCUCCAAGAGAAGUAGCCGAGAUCGGGGGACACCAAAGAGUCAGAAGAGCCUGGACAUUCACAUAGGCCACCACACCCCACCCAUGCCCUCCCACACUAAAGCUCACAAGUCACUAAGCACGGACGCCGGUCUGGCUACAAAGAGACAGAAAAGCUUCGAACUUGUCGGACAGAAGUCGCCACGGUUGCCCGAGGCUAGCGGCGGCGGGUCCCCAAAACACGAGGCAAGCGGAGGCGACGUGGAGCAGAGCUCGCCGCCAAAGGUGAGGCGCGUAGCGGAACAGGCGGAAGUGGCGGCCAGGGGAGGCAGCAGGAAACCCUCGCUGUCAGAAAACAACCUGUUGUUGGAUGAGGAGGUGCUAACAGACCAACAGACACAGGCACUGCUGCUCACUGUGCUAGCAACGUUGGUGAAAUACACCAAUGAUGAGUCUGAAGAGAGAAUCCUGUAUGAAUACCUAGCGGAAGCCAGUGUGGUAUUCCCCAAGGUGUUUCCUAUUGUACAUAGUCUACUUGAUGCCAAAAUCAACACAAUGCUGUCCCUGUGCCAAGACCAAGUCAUCCUCAAUGCUGUACAGAGUAUUGUACAGAACGUCAUCUCCCACGAAGAUGCCAGCCAACAUGGGCCCUCCUACCUACAAACUUUUGGCUUUGGUGGCUUGUGGAGAUUUGCAGGGCCAUUCUCCAAAACAAAGGUAGGCACCCCCGGCCCCGAGCAGCGAUCGGCCGUUGCGCGUUGUUUCUCCAUGUCAGUUCAGUCCCUUUGGAAAUGGACCGUGGAUGAGAAGAAAAAGAAUCCACAGAGUAAGGAGAACGCAGAGCUGUUAGUGACGUGGCUAGAAGCGCUCCUGGAGUCGUUAGACAUCCCCAUUGAAGAGGACGACCACCUGGUGUCCUACCCGAGCCAGCUCUCCAUCACCGCCAGCAAUAACCUGUCCAGUUCCAUGUCAUCUCUCUCCGUCUCUUCUCUACAAUCCCCAACGGAAAAGGAGCCGUUGGAACUCUCGCAGUCUGUCGGGCACGGCGGGCGCACCAGGCACGGCUCGGCCAGCCUGGUCACCAAGCAAAGAAGCGUAGGCAGUAUAAAGCACAGUAGCAAACACAAGACGGGAAGAUGACAGCGCGAUGGCGCGCCCUACAGUCUCCAGUAAACCAAGGACAACCAGAGGACCCCAUGCAAGGGACUUACCCAUCCACGUUUGACCUCACUUCUUUGCUUUGGAUACCAUAGGGGAGGAAAGAAAAAAAGGCUGGCAAAGCUUGUAUUUUCAGGAGAAUAUUUGUUAGGAGAAAACUGAAAUACGUACCUUUUCAAGUUUUUUUCAGUCUUUGUAGGAUCGCCAAAACAUGUUUCUACAAAAGCAGCCUUACUCUUUACAAUGAGUGGAAUUAUACCAUAAUGGUGUUAUUCCCAGUCUUUUAAGAGAGUCUUUACUUAGACAUAUGGGUAAACAAAAGUAUGACCGUGUAAAAUUCAAAUGAACAACAACUGUAUCUAAAAAGAAAGCUAAUUCCAAGGCCAGGAAUUGAGGUCUUCCCUGCUCUUUUAAAGACUUCAGUAGUUACAGUCAAAAAGGACUCUUACAGUCGAUGAAAGAGGAUGACACAUGUAUAACUAUGUCCUCUACAUUGAACUUUGUUUCCAUUAUAUAGGGCAUGUGCCAUCCCUCAACAGCUAGUAAAUUCCUUGUUCUUGCAUUUGCUUUACAGGAUUCUUUAUGAAGAUAUUUAAGGAUUAUAGGGUGGACCAGAAAUGUAUAAUAUGUCUUCUAUGUCUGGCUCGUUUAUGAAGAAAAUGUCACGAUAAAUCUAAACAAUCAAUUUCGACCAAAUUCAAUAUGCUCUAAUUUGAGUGUUUUAAUUUUAUUUUAAAGUUUGGAAGUGACGUUCUGAUGAGAAAUCAUGAAGGCUAUCAUUUAUUUUGCUGAGAAUUGUUAUUCAAAAGAGCAACUGGUUAAUAAGAUGUCUCUAAUAGGACCACAGAUAUUUCCUGAAAAGCACAAAAUAAUAAUAAUGACCACAGGCAUUUCCAGUUUUCUAGGUUUAAAAGAAGUACUGAAUUUUAAACAUGUUGCGCUUAUUUCUCGUGGAAAUCGCUAGUGUUUUUAAAAAGUGCACAAUGUGUGUUGAUGAGGUUUGAUGAAGUGAAUAAUGAUGAAGAAAAAAAACUGUACAGACCCAACAAAUGUGACGUGGAAACAUGCACGUACAUGUAUAGUGGUGAACAGUACAUAUAUAUGGAGGGGAAAAGAAGUUAUUGUACAAAGCUGACCUUGAACAUGUAAAGUUUACCAUGAUGAUGAUGACGCUACAGAAAGAAAGUGCAUCCCCUCAGUUGUACAGACUGUGUUGUAUGUAUGUUGUAAAAAGUGCUUAAAUGUAGUUAAGUCUAUGUGAUUGUAAGUAGUACACUGUGUUCCACUUGACUCCCUUUUUCUCGGCUGCUCCCUGCUGUCAUUUUAUUUCUUGGUGUUACAGUAUCCCAAGAAUGGUCUCAGUAGCCCCAAAGUUGGAUAAUCACCCAUACCUGAAAGUUUAAAACUUAAAUACCAAGUCCCUAAAACAUUUUAUUGAUUGCAAUUUGACAUUGUACCUCAAUCAAAACGAAUCAAUGUAUUGCAGGAAUGACCUAAUCAUAUUUUUAUAUCAUACAUCAGAAAUGGUACUGAAAAAAAGAUCACAUUUAGAGAAAGAAAAAAAGCUGUUAUGUGUAUAAUGUAAGAGAUAAUCUCUUUCAUAGCACAUUUUAAAGAAUAAACUUUAGAAUUACAAUGUUUACCAUCAUUAUAAGCAAUGUUUUAAAUCGAAUUGUGGUAAUUUCGAACUAUUGGGGGCAUCCAGCAUAGAAAAAAAAGUAAAAUAUUGUAUGAUAAAAUUUGUGUAUAUUCUCUUGGAUACUCUAAAAGUAAAAGACAAAGCUCUUGUCCAUAUUCAUGAAUAUUUAUGAUUUAAUCAAAUACUGUACCCUGGACAAGAAGCCCUAUACAGUAUCAAAGAGAUGUAAUUAGUAAAGUAUUUAAAGAAAUUAACAGUUCCAUAUUGAAUUUGGACCAGUCCUUUUAUUGUUGCAAUAAUUAACAUGUCAUCGACAGAUUGAAGGGUUUCUAAAAACAAAGUUCAGCCCUUUAACUUUCACCACUGUUUACAUUUUACGCCUUGGUGCGUUCUCUAAAACUGUUACUGACUUUUGGUAGUAGAAGACAAGUUGAAGCAGGGACAAAGCCGCUAGAAAGGGUGUCAUUUGCCCCAUAGAUGUUGCAGUCGUGAACAUGACAGUAAAUAGCAGAAUCCUUGCUUUUCGCUAUUUUCUUCAUGCGUUUGACAACAGCAUGAUGUAAGACAGGAGACGACCGAUCGCUGUACAAUUUAUGAGGAAAUAUUUGAGUCAACGAAAAAACGACGUCGCUGAUGAAUAAAACAUUACUAUGGAAUUCACAAAAA